AAUUAUGAAAUUGAUUAAAUUUUAUUAUCACUUAAUUUAGAGAUAUAAUAUUUAUCACGGGAUAUAAUAUUUGUUUUUAAAAAAUUAAAAAUUAACAUAAUUCUAAAUAUUUAAUCAUAUAUAUGAAUGUUAAUUGUUUUGAAGAAUAAAAAUAAAUAUGGCUGCGUCUAUGGUCAGGCAAUGUAUUCAAUCUAGUUUGCCAAGACAAGUAACCGAGAUAGUAUGGAGAGAACAAAAUAUAAAUCAUGCUUUACAAAUCUUGAGCAUGUUACAUAUUCAGCAUCAAUAUUAUCAUGUCACUAUGCCUCUUUUUAAGCGAAGACACGUCGAAGAAUCACAAAAAGAUGAAUUGAUAUUUGACAAUAAUGUGUUGAGUAAUUUUUCAUAUAAACAAUCCAAAAAAAAGUCAUUGUCAAUAGUAGAAACAUGGAAUAAUAUGACAGUUCAAGAAUUAGCAAACUCUGCCAAAAGAGAUGUUGAGGAUAUUUUAGAUGCACUUUAUUUUGAAAGCCGCAACAGUACUUAUACAAAAAAUAGUAUUUUAACAGAUGGACAUUUAAUACAUAAAGUAGUUCAAAGACUUGGUGCUAAAUCUAAACUUGUAUCAAAAUGUAUUAAAAAAGUGGAUAUAGAGGACAAGGAUAUUAUAAGAAGACCAUUACCAGAUAGUUCUGAAUUAGUGAAACGACAUCCAGUUGUAACGAUCAUGGGGCAUGUUGAUCAUGGCAAAACUACUUUACUUGAUGCAUUACGACAUACAUCUGUUGCACAAUCUGAAUUUGGUGGAAUUACACAAUGCAUUGGUGCUUUUAAUGUAACUCUGGACUCUGGAGAAAGAGUAACAUUUUUGGAUACACCUGGGCAUGCUGCUUUUACCUCUAUGCGGUAUAGGGGGGCAUAUGUAACAGAUAUUGUGGUGUUGGUAGUAGCAGCUGAUGAUGGUGUUAAAGAACAAACUUUGCAGAGCAUAAAAAUGGCAAAAAAUGCCAAUGUUCCAAUCAUUGUGGCUAUUAACAAGAUUGAUAAACCUGAUAUUGAUAUAGAGAAGAUACAAAAUGAACUUGCGAAUUAUGGUGUUGUAGUUGAAAAACUUGGUGGCGAAGUACAAUGCAUAAAACUAUCGGCCUUAAAGGGAACUAAUUUACAAGAGUUAACAGAAGCUAUAGUCGUACAAGCCGAAUUAAUGGAUUUAAAAGGAGAUCCUACAGGUUUGGUAGAAGGUGUUGCUAUUGAAUGUAGUAAUCAGAUCUAUCGCGGAAAUUUAGUAACUGCUUUAAUUCAACGUGGUACUUUAAAGAAAGGAUGUUUGUUAGUCUCCGGGCUAGCAUCGGCAAAAGUAAGAAGUAUAUUUAAUGAUUCUGGCCAUUCUAUUUUGGAAGCUAAACCAUCAGAUGCGGUACAAAUCACUGGAUGGAAAGAAUUACCUAAUGUUGGAGAUGAAAUACUAGAAGUAGAAAAUAAUAAGGUGCUGCAAGAUGUUCUAAAAUUUAGAGAGAAAAAGCGUGAUGAAAUUUUAGCUAAAGAACAUAAAGCAGCUGCCGACGAAAGAUUACAAGAACAUCUCAUUGAAUAUCGAAAGUUGUUGGAAGUAAAGAGAACUUUCGGAAGAGAAAAAUUGAAGGAACUGAAGCUUAAACUGCAGGAAGAGAAAAGGAAACCUAAAAUCGUGGAUUCCAUUUCUAAAAUUAAUAUUAUCAUAAAAGGUGACGUGGCAGGAAGUGUUGAAGCAUUAUUAGACAUUUUUGAUACAUAUAAAUAUGAUACUAUAUGCCGAUUGAAUAUUGUUCAUUAUGGUAUCGGACCUGUUACAAACUCGGAUAUAGAAUUAGCGGAUACAUUUGAAGCAAUUAUAUACGGGUUUAAUGUAAAUGCGAUUAAAACAAUAAAAGAAAUGGCCGAUGCGAGAGGCGUAUCUCUUCGAUUUUAUAACGUUGUGUAUAAACUUAUUGAUAAUAUUAAGGAAGAAAUUCAUAAUGUACUACCUGAAGUUGAUACUGAAGAAAUAAUAGGCGAAGCAAAGGUAUUGCAAAAGUUUGAAAUAAAUGAAAAAAAUAAGAAAGUGAGCGUUGCAGGUUGUCGUUGUGUCAAAGGUGUUCUUUUAAAAUCUGAAAUGUAUCGUGUGAUAAGAGGAAAUGAAACUAUUUUUACAGGAAAAUUGGUAUCAAUGAGGCAUUUAAAGAAUGAAAUGUCAUCGAUAGAAGCUAAUCUUGAAUGUGGCCUUAGAUUUGAAGAUCCAAAAGUAUCAUUACAAUCUGGAGAUACUAUUAUUUGCUUUAAAUUGAACAGAGAAAAACAAAAGCUCGACUGGGAUCCUGGAUUUUAACUUAAUAUUGUUGUAUUUAAAAGAUACAAAAUAAUAUAUAGAUAAUGUAAAAUAAAGAUAUAAAUCACAGAAUAUU